UCUUGCUGCAGCUGGCUGCAAUGGCGGAGCGGUAAGGUAAAGUAGGAGAUGGUACCGUGACUGUAAUGAGUACUUCGCAUUUUUACAUGGGGUCAAUAUGGCCAAAUUAUUGGAAUAAAGAAAGAAAGCGUAUGCGCGAGAGAAGCCCGAGUUGGCUGUCUGGAGAAAAACGUAGAGAUUGCUCAAUGCCAUAAUCCGAUCGGAAACACAGGAACAUCGGCAAGCAGUUUGAAAGCUGUCCUAGCUCAGUGUGCAGUAACCACCACCCAGGACUCGCUUACUUACAGAACAUAGACUGGAGCGGACCAACUUGAGUCGGACUGAACCCGGAGAUCAUGGCUGAGAGGAAUUCAGCUGGAUUACUGAUGAUGAUGAUGGAACCUACUCCGGCAACAGCGAUGACCCUGCCCGCAGAGGUACGAGAGAAGCUGGCAGAACUAGAGUUGGAGCUUUCUGAAGGGGACAUCACACAGAAGGGGUAUGAAAAGAAGAGAGGAAAGCUCCUAGCUCCAUACAUCCCACGGAUUCGAGGUGUAGACCCGUCUCUCCAGAUUGACGGCAGAGUGCAGUCCCCGCAGGUCACUCCUCCUGUCUCCAAGCAGAACAGAGCCCAUGCUGCCAACUCGCGGGAUGAGCGCUUUCGAUCCGACCUCCACACAGAAGCUGUCCAUGCCGCCCUGGCCAAGUACAAGGAGAGGAAGAUGCCCAUGCCGUCAAAGAGGCGCUCGGUGUUAGUGCAGUCCUCUCUGGAGGCAUACACACCACCAGACACCUCGUCGGCUUCUGAGGACGAGGGCUCGCUGCGUCGGCAAGGCCGGACGGCCUCCUCCACACCCUACCAGGCCCACCCCAGCGUGGAGCACUGGUUCAACAGGGUCAUCCAGGGCUCCUCCACCUCCUCCUCCGCCUCCUCCACCUCGUCCCUCCCCGGAGGGAGGCCCCACGCCUCCAACACCAGCUCCUCUGCCUCCACCGUGCUGGCCCACCUCAUGGCCCACACCCACCUAGAUAACCACUCUGCGCCCCCAGAUGUGACGGGCCUACUGGAGCGUUCGGUGCACGUGGAGCGGCCCCAGGUGCCGUCGGUGCGAGGGGUCCCCCGGGGCUUCAGCCACGCCGGCGGCCUGGACACCGCAGAUGGUGUCCCGGUGAACAGUCGCGUGUCCUCGAAAAUCCAGCAGCUGUUGAACACGCUGAAGAGGCCGAAGCGCCCGCCCUUGCGCGAGUUCUUUGUCGACGACUUCGAAGAGCUGCUCGACGUCCAGCAGCCUGACCCAAACCAACCCAAGCCUGAGGGCACCCAGAUGAGCCCUCUCAGUGGAGAGCCUCUGGGUGUGGUCACUAACUGGCCCCCCUCCCUGCUGGCCUCCCUGCAGCGCUGGGGCACUACCCAGCCCAAAAGCCCCUGCCUUACUGCCCUGGACAACGCCGGCAAGCCUACCUACACCCUCACUUACGGAAAGCUGUGGACAAGGUGUCUGAAGUUGGCCUACUCCCUGCUGAACAAACUAAGCUCCCGGAACGAGCCCCUUCUGCGGCCUGGAGAUCGAGUUGCACUAGUGAUCCCUAACAAUGACCCGGUGAUGUUCAUGGUGGCGUUCUACGGGUGCCUCCUGGCAGAACUGGUGCCCGUGCCCAUCGAGGUGCCCCUCACACGGAAGGAUGCAGGAAGUCAACAGAUCGGCUUCCUGUUGGGCAGCUGUGGGGUGACCCUGGCUCUGACCACAGACGCAUGUCAGAAGGGACUGCCCAAGGCCCAGACAGGAGAGGUUGCGACCUUUAAAGGCUGGCCUCGCGUUCUGUGGUUCGUGAUGGAUGGAAAGCACGUCGUCAAGCCCCCGAAAGACUGGCACCCGCCCAUACGGGACGCCAGCAACGAGAUCGCUUACAUCGAGUAUAAGACCAGCAAAGAGGGCAGCACUAUGGGAGUGACUGUGCCCCAUUCUGCCAUGUUGGCGCAUUGUCACGCCCUCACACAGGCCUGCGGCUACACUGAGGCGGAGACCAUCACCAACGUGCUGGACUUCAAGAGGGAUGCUGGCCUUUGGCACGGAGUUCUCACCAGUGUAAUGAACAGGAUGCACGUCAUCAGUAUCCCCUACUCUCUGAUGAAAGUCAACCCUCUUUCCUGGAUUCAGAAAGUGCACACCUACAAAGCCCGGGUAGCGGUGGUGAAGUCACGGGACAUGCACUGGUCACUUCUGGCCCAGCGAGAUCAAAGGGACAUCAGCCUCAGUUCACUGCGGAUGCUCAUUAUUGCGGAUGGAGCCAACCCCUGGUCCAUCUCCUCCUGCGACGCCUUCCUCAAUGUUUUCCAGGCCCGGGGGCUCCGGCCGGAGGUCAUCUGCCCCAGCGCCAGCUCUACAGAAGCCUUGACAGUCGCCAUCCGCAGGCCCCCAGAGAUGGGUGUUCCCCCUCCAGGAAAGGCGGUGUUGUCCAUGAGCGGUCUGAGCCACAGUGUGAUCCGGGUGGACACGGAGGAGAAGCUUUCUGUGCUGACCGCGCAGGACGUGGGACAGGUCAUGCCAGGCGCCCUGGUGUGUGUGGUGCGGGCAGACGGGACCCCGUGUCUGUGCCGGACGGACGAGGUGGGGGAGAUCUGCGUCAGUUCCAGCAGCACUGGGAUCUCCUACUUCGGCCUACCGGGCAUGACCAAGAACAUCUUUGAGACAAUUCCAGUGACCGAAUCGGGGGUUCCCAUCAGCGACCGACCCUUUACUCGAACCUCACUGCUUGGGUUUGUGGGACCUGACAACCUGAUAUUUGUUGUUGGGAAGAUGGAGGGGUUGAUGGUGGUCAGCGGGCGGAGACACAACGCUGAUGACGUAGUUGCCACGGCGCUGGCAGUGGAGCCCAUGAAGUUUGUCUAUAGGGGAAGGAUAGCGGUGUUCUCGGUGUCGGUGCUUCAUGACGAGCGCAUCGUGGUGGUGGCGGAGCAGCGGCCGGACGCGUCUGAGGAGGACAGCUUCCAGUGGAUGAGCCGCGUGCUGCAGGCCAUUGACAGUAUCCACCAGGUUGGGGUGUACUGCCUGGCACUGGUUCCUGCCAACACCCUGCCCAAAGCCCCGCUGGGUGGCAUCCAUAUCUCAGAGACCAAACAGCGCUUCCUGGAUGGGGCCUUGCACCCCUGCAACGUCCUCAUGUGCCCCCACACCUGCGUCACCAACCUGCCCAAACCUCGCCAGAAACAGCCAGAGGUGGGCCCUGCUUCUAUGAUAGUGGGGAACCUGGUGGCAGGGAAGAGAAUAGCCCAGGCCUCUGGGCGGGACAUGACUCAGCUGGAGGACAAUGACCAGUUCCUGUACAUGCAAGACGUCCUACAGUGGAGGGCUCAAGCAACUCCAGAUCACCCUCUCUUUCUGGUGCUAAAUGCCAAGGGCACUGUGGCCAGCACGGCCUCCUGCUUGCAGCUGCACAAGCGUGCGGAACGGGUUGCCGUGGCACUGAUGGAGAAGGGGAGGUUAAACACCGGGGACCAUGUGGCCCUGGUCUAUCCUCCAGGCAUCGACCUUAUUGCCACCUUCUAUGGGUGUCUGUACGCCGGCUGCGUGCCAGUGACCGUCAGGCCCCCUCACCCUCAGAACCUGUCCACUACCCUCCCCACCGUCAAGAUGAUUGUGGAGGUGAGCAAGUCUGUGUGCAUCCUCACAACCCAAGCAAUAAUACGGCUGCUGAAAUCCAAAGAGGCUAUGGCGGCGGUGGACGUGAAGGCCUGGCCGAUGGUGCUGGACACAGAUGACCUCCCGAGAAAAAAGGCCCCACAGAUCUACAAGCCACCGACCCCAGAGAUGCUGGCAUACCUGGACUUCAGUGUGUCCACCACCGGCAUACUAGCUGGAGUGAAGAUGUCCCAUGCUGCUACCAGUGCCUUGUGUCGCUCCAUCAAGCUGCAGUGCGAACUGUACCCCUCUCGCCAGAUCGCCAUCUGCCUGGACCCUUACUGCGGCCUCGGGUUCGCCCUCUGGUGCCUGUGCAGCGUGUACUCUGGCCACCAGUCCAUCCUGGUCCCUCCCCUGGAGCUGGAGAGCAACGUGUCCCUGUGGCUGGUGGCCGUAAGCCAGUACAAGGUGCGCGUCACCUUCUGCUCGUACUCCGUCAUGGAGAUGUGCACCAAAGGCCUGGGCUCCCAGACGGACGCGCUACGGAUGCGGAAUGUGAACCUGUCGUGUGUGCGCACCUGCAUGGUAGUGGCAGAGGAGCGACCGCGCAUCGCCCUCACUCAGUCCUUCUCCAAGAUCUUCAAGGACCUGGGCCUCUCCGCCCGCGCCGUCAGCACCACCUUCGGCUGCAGGGUCAACGUGGCCGUCUGCCUGCAGCCCAACAGGUUGGGGAAGCUGGCGGAGCAGGGUACCGCUGGCCCAGAUCCCACUACGGUCUACCUGGACAUGAGGGCCUUGAGACACGAUAGGGUGCGUCUGGUGGAGAGAGGGUCUCCGCACAGCUUACCUCUGAUGGAGUCUGGAAAGAUCCUGCCAGGGGUAAAGGUGAUCAUUGCCAACACAGAAACCAAAGGGCCGCUGGGGGAUUCACAUCUGGGAGAGGUCUGGGUCAGUAGUCCCCACAACGCCUCGGGCUACUACACUGUGCACGGGGAGGAGGCGCUGCAUGCGGACCACUUCAACACCAGGCUGAGUUUUGGCGACACGCAGACCGUGUGGGCACGCACAGGGUACCUGGGCUUCCUGCGUCGCACAGAGCUGACUGACGCCAGCGGAGAGCGGCACGAUGCACUUUACGUAGUGGGCUCCCUGGACGAAACCCUGGAGCUGCGGGGCAUGCGCUACCACCCCAUCGACAUUGAGACGUCCAUCAUCCGCUCGCACAAGAGCAUCGCAGAAUGUGCGGUGUUCACCUGGACCAACCUGCUGGUGGUGGUGGUGGAGCUGGCAGGGUCGGAGCAGGAGGCCCUGGACCUGGUGGCCCUGGUGACCAACGUGGUUCUGGAGGAACACUACCUGAUCGUCGGGGUGGUGGUGGUAGUGGACCCUGGGGUCAUCCCCAUUAACUCCAGGGGGGAGAAACAGCGCAUGCACCUACGGGACGGAUUCCUGGCCGACCAGCUAGACCCCAUCUAUGUGGCCUACAACAUGUGAUCUCAUCUACGAGGCUUGCCAUAUGUGACCCCCCCCCCCCAUCUACAUGGCUUAGAAAAAAAA